GGGACCCCCGGCAGUGACUGGGGAAGGUGGGGAUCCUGGAGUCAGGCGUUUGCCCCGAAGACAUGCCCUGGGAGGCUUCACGCGCAGGGGCUCUGAGCCCGAGGAGGAGGAUGUCUCCCAGGCCAUCCUUUUCCCAGCUUCAGGUAACGAGCAAGGGUGGGGAACUUGGAGGGCGGCUUUGAGAAGCAGCACGGUACAGCAUGGGCUUGGAAGCCAGGCACAUCUCACUCAACUGGCUUUGCAGCAAUGGGCUGGUUACUAAAGCUCCCUGACCCUCUGCCUCUUCUUCUGUAAAUUGGGCAAUAACGCCCACCUCUCAGGAUUAAGUAAGACGGGGUAUCCAGAAUGCAUGCCACAUGGGAGGGAUUUGGGAGAUAUUCAUCCGGGCAACCAAAAGUCUCUGGAGACAGAGAAUCUGGGCCUGGGCCCCUUCCUGUCACCUUUCCUUCUUUCUCUGCUUCUCCCUGCUCCAAACCUUCUUCCUUUAGCUCCAAGUAGCUGACACUUGAGAAGAUGUCAGAGAUGCAGGAGAAAGAGCAGUUGGGGAACUUUUCUGGGAAACCUGUCCAUCUUCUGUGGAAUUCCCUUCUCAUCUCCUUAUGUGUGUCCCCAUGGACUGAACCAGUAAAGCCCUCCUCUGGGUCGACUUUCUUGUAAUCUGGCCCACCUUUCCCUUAGGGAGGACCCCGGCCUGCUUCCCCGUGCCUCAGCCCCCGUGCAGCACAGUUGGUCAAAGUGUGGCUUUGGGAUCAGGCAGAGUCCCAGUCUGGCCACUUAGUAGUUAAAUGUCACUUCACCUUUCUAACCCUCAGUUUCUUUAUCUGCAAAAUGGAUCGGUUGUUGUGAGGUUUAUGAUGAGAGAAUCCAGGUAACAGUAUAGCUCUAACCACCCGUCCUUUGACUGGUGCUGGUCCGUGAUGGUUUAGUGUGGUCCACGUACCUAUCAGGGUCAGGAUGCCGGCUCCACUUUCUUAGAAAGCACUGCCCUCUGUCCCGAGUUACAGUCUUUCUUUUACUCCUCCUCCUCCUUCUUUUUGGUGUUAACCUAUCUUUUUAAAGUGGAAUUACUAUGUUUUAAUUAAUUUUUUUAUUGAGGUAACAUUGGCUUAUAACAUUCUAACACGACAAUAUAAAUCUCAGUUGUACAUCGUUAUAUUUCAGCUUCCGUAUGGACGACGUGGUGUUCACCACCAAAAGCCUAGCUGCCAUCCGUUAAAAGUGGGAUUAUUUUAAAGAAUUUUUCCUGCACUAUUUCUGACAUGUAAAAAGAUGUAAAGAGUAAUACAACCAAUGCCUGUGUUCUCACCAUUCGAGGUACCAUUUCACACUAUCAGAUGAACAAUUUCAGGCUAACCAACAAUUCCAAGUGUUGGUGGAGGUGGAGAGCAUGGAGCCUCUGACACAUUGCUGAUGGGAAUAUUAAUCGGUGAAGCCACUUCAGGGAGAAGUUGGCAACGUCUUGUAUUUUUUCAGCCCUUUAAUGGUUCCAGAUGUGAGGAUGAGCCAGCUGCAGGAGAGCUGGCCCAGGAGGCUGAGCAGGGCCUCUUCACAUACAUAUUCCGGCCAUCUCAGCACAUGCACAGCCGCCAGGUGACUUCGGCCCAGCUGUGGUUCCACACCGGACUGGACAGGCAGGGCACAGCAGCCUCUAAUAGCUCUGAGCCCCUGCUAGGCCUGCUGGCACUGUCAUCUGGAGGUCCCAUGGCUGUGCCCGUGACCUUGGGCCAGGCACCCCCUCGCUGGGCCGUGCUGCACCUGGCAGCCUCGGCCCUCCCUCUGCUGACCCACCCUGUCCUGGUGCUGCUGCUGCGUUGUCCUCUCUGUUCCUGCUCAGCCCGGCCUGAGGCCACACCCUUCCUGGUGGCCCACACUCGGGCCAGGCCACCCAGCGGAGGGGAGAGAAUCCGACGCUCGACUCCUCCACUGCCCUGGCCUUGGUCUCCCGCCGCGCUGCGCCUGCUCCAGAGGCCGCCAGAGGAACCCGCUGCCCACGCCAACUGCCACCGAGCGGCCCUCAACAUCUCCUUCCAGGAGCUGGGCUGGGACCGGUGGAUCGUGCACCCUCCCAGUUUCAUCUUCCACUAUUGUCACGGUGGCUGUGGGCUGUCUGCCCCACCAGACCUGCCUUUGCCGGUCCCUGAGGUUCCCCCUACUCCUAUCCAGCCCCUUUCUUUGGUGCCAGGAGCCCAGCCCUGCUGUGCUGCCCUCCCGGGGACCAUGAGGCCCCUCCGUGUCCGCACCACCUCAGAUGGAGGGUACUCGUUCAAGUACGAGAUAGUGCCCAACCUUCUCACGCAGCAUUGUGCUUGCAUCUAAGAGUCUUGCUGGUGGCCGGGCCCCCUCUGUCGCCAGCUAGAGGAAGGGCAGAGUUCAGAAGAUGGAUGGUUCCCACUUCCCUCUUCCUUCCACUUCUCUGCCUGAAGGCUCUUCUCCCCAUCCCACCCCUGUCCCAUGGGUAACAUGUGACAAUAAACAACGUAGUGCAUAUGACUUGG